GAGCGGUCGUCCUCGUGCCGCUGUACGGCUGCUCGCCGAGCAGCCCGCGCUGGAGCCAGAACCCAGACGCGCGGCUGAGCCUCGCGUGCCUGCUCGCCACCUGGCGCGCGGGGGGCGUCGCGGCGCCGGUGACGCCCGCGCUGCUCCGGGCCCCGGCGGACCCCCUCGGCCUGUCGCCGGCGCCGCCAGCGUCCGCGGAGCUGCCGGUGGCGCUGACGCAGUGGGUGCGCCGCCAGCAGCUUCGCUUCCGCCACCUGCUUGCCUCCGUCGAGGACCCGGCGGACGCCCCCGGCGCGUCGGAG